AUGCCUCCCAGAGUAGCUCGCUCGAGCGUUCAGAUCGCCGCGCCCAAAUCAGCGCGCAACAAAAACCGCAAGCGCAACCUCGACGCCUACGCCAUCGCCUCGCACGCCACGAAAGCCGACCAACCUCGCUUGAACUCGAAUCGUGCCGGCGAAUACCUCGACGAUGGCCCAAAACACAAGCGAAGACGGGCGGUCGAAGACGAGGAAGGAAGCGAGGGAAGUGUCGAGGAAGAUGUACCUGCUGGCAAGCGGAGGAGGACCGCCGAUGAGGAUCCAGAGGGCGGAGAUGAGGGCAGUGAUAGUGAGGGGAAUGAGUGGACGAUGGGUGGGAUGAGUGAGUUGGAUUCUGACGAGGCUUUUGGGGAGAGCGAUGAGGAGAGGUUUGAGGAUUUUACUUUUCGGGGAUCGAGUGGGAAGGGCAAGAAGGGUGGUGGGAAGAAAGCGAGGGUCAAGCAUGUCGAGGAGGACGAUGAGAUGGAUCUGAGUGAGGGAGAGGACGAUGAUUCCAAAGAGGAAGAGGACGACUUUGGGGACGAGGGAGUGGAUCUGGCUACCAUGUUGGACGACGAUGAUGAAGAGGCGCUGGGUGAGAAGGACAACACGAAGCGAGACAUGGGCGAAGAAGAGCCUAGCGAUGGCGAGGAAUAUGGCUCGAGUUUCUCAGAUGAGGAAGACGAAGACGACGAGAACGAUCCGCAAGCCAACGAAGAGCGUGCAGCUCGAAUGCGCGACCGCCUCGAUGCUCUGAAGUCGUCUGGAAAGCCCUCUGCCACUCAAUCUACCCAACAAUCCGCCGCUUUGACUGUCGACGACCUGCUCGCCACACUCGACCCAGCAUCGCGCAAACAAUACGAUGCAGCCCUCAAAACCAAGAAGAAGUCUACCCGGCCGACUACACUCUCAGCACCCCUGCCUAAGCGCCAACAAGACCGCUUGAACCGCGAAGUCGCCUCCCAGAAAGCCAAAGAACAGCUCGACCGCUGGCGAGAUACCGUAAUCCAGAACCGCCGAGCAGAGUUCUUGUCCUUCCCACUCAAGGAUCCCAAUGCGCAUGAGCCGCAGGGCAAGGAAAAGUUUGUCACGGACGGCCGGCCGCAGAAUGAGCUGGAGCAAAACAUCCAGCGUAUUAUGGAGGAAAGCGGCCUCAGCACCAACAGGGGCAAGAAUGAGGACGAAGAAGCUGCAAUUCUUAAGAGCGAAGAGCUCGCCACGAACAAGCUUCCCGUUGAGGAAGUGAUGCGCCGACGCGCUGAACUCCGACAAGCGCGCGAGUUGCUUUUCAGGGAAGAGAUCAAAGCGAAGCGUCUGUCUAAGAUCAAGAGCAAAUCGUACCGUCGCGUGCAUCGAAAGGAGCGUGCGAGAGAGCGAGAACUUGAACGCGAAGCCCUCGGUGAUGGUGGUGAAGACGAGAAGGAGGCGAAUGAUCGGAAGAGGGCCAUGGCGAGGGUGAGCACGAAACAUCGGGACUCGAAGUUUGCGAAGGCGUUGAAGCAGACGAAUCGCGGGGUGUGGGACGAAGGGGCGCGAGAGGCGGUAAUUGAUGAGGCGAGGAGGAGGGAGGAGCUGGAGAGGAGGAUUCGAGGGGAGGAUGUUGAUGAGGCGGAGAGUGAUGUGCCUAGUGCUGAUGAUGAUGGGGAGGAUGGAUUCGAGGGCUUUGGAGGGGAUGAAGAUGAUGUGACGGUGAUGAAGCAGCUGGAUACGCUGAAGAAUGAUCGAGAGCCUGCUGCGGAGAAGGGGUUGGGGAGUUUGAAGUUCAUGCGUGCUGCGGACGAGAGGCGGAGGGCGCAGAACGAUGAGGAUGUUGAGCGGUUGAGGAAGGAACUUGCUGUUCAAGAUGGCGAUGAGGCCGGCAGUGACGAAGAGAUUGAUGAUCAAGGUCUUGGUCGGGCGGUGUUUGGGCCUAAAGGAAAGGGGGGCAAGGAGAAGAAAAGGGUCAAGCGACCCGAGCUUGAAGAGGGCGAGGAAUCUGGUUCUGAGGCUGAGGCUGAUGCUGAGGGCGAGGAUGGUGUUGAUGUAGUGACGGAGAAGCCGGCGGACCAGAAGAAGGGAGCGAAGCCGCCUAAGCAGAUCGCUGCGAGCGGCCCACUGGCGAAAGGCGGGAAACCUGACCGCAGGGAUCCAAACAGCGGCUUUGCUCAAAAGGAUGGGACGCAAGGUCCCUGGCUCUCGGCUGAUACGGGGAAGCCUGAGCGGAGAGGGCCUGCUACCGAAUGGCUUGCGGCGCCCGCGAACAAGUCCAAGUUGAGACGCGACGAACCUGUCGAGCUCAACACCGCUCGCCCCGAGCAGCAGCCGGACGCCAAUGCCAGAGAUCGCACGAAGGCGAAGUCCGCACUAGCACCAGCACCAGCUGCCCCAGCAAAACCUCAACAGACCACUGACGCCGGCAACACCAACGGCUGGACCACCGUAACCACCACCAACGACCACCCCUCCGACUCCUCCCCCGAACCGACUGACCCCAUCCUCAAAUCCAACCCCACCUACAACCAACGCGCCUUCGCCGCCGACGCCGACGACACCACGUUCGCGGCGGAAAAAACCGCCCUCGCGGCCUCCGAGGACGAAAAGGAAGAAUCCUCCCACCUCCCCGGCUGGGGCUCCUGGACCGGCGCCGGGCUGAGCAAAUCCAUCAAGCGGUCCAACGCGCGCUCCAAGCACAAUCCGCUUUUCAAAACCAAAACUCCCGGCACGAAGCCGCAAGACCGCAAGGAUGCAGGGUUGGAGAAGGUGAUUAUCUCCGAGAAGGGGGCACGGAAGGGGAAAGGGUAUUUGGCGCCUAUCCUCCCGCAUGGAUACGAGACGAAGGAGCAGUAUGAGCGCGCGCUGAGGGUGCCGGUGGGGCCGGAGUGGACGACGAAGGAGGUUUUUCAGCGGGGGACGAGGCCGAGGGUUGUUGUCCGGCCGGGGGAGGUUGUGGGGGCUAUGGAGAAGCCGAUGGUGUAG